UACCGUAGACACUUCAAUAGCAAGGGCCCUUUUUAAAGUUCCUGGGGGAAGAGUGAGGGGACCCGGACGAACUGAGGGAAGGGGGCAAAGACUGCGCUCGCAGGAUAAAAAAAAUCACACAUCACCAUCCCCAGAGGAGUGUUUUUACAUUAAAGAUAAGCUGCACCACGGAAAACCAAGGUCUUGCCUGCCCGAGAACGUCAAAAAAUAAAGAAAAUGGCGGAGCCGGACAAAUUAAACAUCGACUCUAUAAUUCAGCGUCUCUUGGAAGUCAAGGGCUCUCGGCCAGGGAAGAACGUUCAGCUGACAGAGAGUGAGAUUCGUGGCCUUUGCCUCAAGUCACGUGAAAUCUUCCUGAGCCAGCCAAUCCUGCUUGAACUAGAGGCCCCCCUCAAAAUCUGUGGUGAUGUCCAUGGUCAAUACUAUGAUCUGCUCCGGCUGUUUGAGUAUGGUGGCUUUCCCCCAGAAAGUAACUACCUAUUUCUGGGGGACUACGUUGACAGAGGGAAGCAGUCACUGGAGACUAUUUGCCUGCUUCUUGCUUACAAGAUCAAAUAUCCAGAGAACUUUUUCCUGCUGCGUGGCAACCAUGAAUGCGCCUCUAUAAAUCGCAUCUACGGUUUUUAUGAUGAGUGUAAGCGACGGUAUAACAUUAAACUGUGGAAGACCUUCACAGACUGUUUCAACUGUUUACCUGUGGCUGCCAUUGUAGAUGAGAAAAUCUUCUGCUGUCAUGGAGGCCUCUCUCCUGAUCUUCAGUCUAUGGAGCAGAUACGCAGAGUAAUGCGACCCACAGAUGUGCCUGACCAGGGUUUGUUGUGUGAUCUGUUGUGGGCGGAUCCAGACAAAGAUGUGCUCGGCUGGGGUGAAAACGACCGUGGUGUCUCCUUCACAUUUGGGGCAGAUGUGGUGGCCAAAUUUUUGCACAAACACGACAUGGACCUAAUAUGCAGGGCACAUCAGGUGGUAGAAGAUGGAUAUGAGUUUUUUGCAAAGAGGCAACUUGUCACUUUGUUCUCGGCUCCCAACUACUGUGGAGAGUUUGACAAUGCCGGUGCCAUGAUGAGUGUGGAUGAGACACUCAUGUGCUCCUUCCAGAUUCUGAAGCCAGCAGAUAAGAAGUUGUAUCCUUACGGAGGAGGGGGAGGAAUGGGAUCUGGGAGACCAGUCACCCCGCCACGAAAUUCAGCCAAGGCUGCCAAGGCCAAGAAAUAACACCCACUUUGUCUCCUCCCACAACCCACCACCCCCUGUCAACCCACUACUUUUUUUUUUUUUGUUUCCCUCUACCUCCCAAACUUUUUCUCCCUUGUCACCAAACGGCAACAAAUGAAACAAAUGUCCAGGGUUCAAUCAUGGUUCUUCUCAUUAAGACUAUUUUUAACUGUUCUGUUUCGCUGUUACGCGUGCAUUUUUCUGUGUGAGUGUAUGUAAAAAGUGAGAAUGAUAUGGAAUUUGAUGAGCUGUUUUCUUUAUGUAUGUAUGAUUUUUUUUUCUCUCUUCUUACUGCACCUUCUGUUACAUUUUCCUGUCUUUUUGGGUUUUUUUUUAUUUUAAAGCUGGGUUCUGCUCAUACCUGAUGUAAAUUCAAUCUGGGUGCUGGAGGAGAGAAAGAUGGAGAGAGGAGCCUUAGCUGUGUAUGUUAAGGUUCUGCACUGUUUAAUGCUAAACACAAGCUUUUGUACAUCCUGUUUCAAAGGUCUGUAUAUGUCUACAUGUCAUGGGAGGGGAGGGGGUGGGAUCAAGUUCGCACGGUUAAACAGUAACGGCACAUACCACUCACUGGGUGCACAGGUGGAUAUAUGUGCAGAGGAGUCUGUAAAUGAAAUGGAUUCACAAUGACAUAUAUUUCUCUUCCCAUUUGAAAACCAAUGAUUUAAGAAUGCAGUCAUGGAUGUGAAAUAGUUUUUUUUUUUUUUGUAGAUAUAUGAAAAAUACAAAUGGGUUGAGUUUUUUUGUUUGUUUUUAGCUUAUCUGAAAGUUAAAGAUGAAUAAAAUAUCCAUUUAUUUGAAUUAUGCCAUCAUGAUGAUCACUUUGUGUUUGCCAUUGCUUUGUCAGGUUUAGUGCUGCUACUGCUUUUUUGUGCUUGUGAGGUACUGUAGAUUGACAAUAAUGUUGCCGAAGCAAAGUAGUAUCUAAUGAAUGAGACUCAUAAAAGUGUAAAAUGAAAGUUCAUUAUUUUUAUCCAGUUCAAACAAAGGGGCUUUUCACAAGUUGCUUCAAAGUGAUUUAGCCAAAGAUGAUUAUUGGUGGGAAUUCUUAGACUGUAGGAGAGGAGAACUCAAAGGUGGUUUUGGAGGAAAAACCCUUUCCUUAAUCAUAAGAAAGUCUUUGAUUGGGAGUGUGUUUAAUGCCAAAUGUUUACACUAAAAAUGACUGUUGACUAUCUUGACAGGAACAGGAAGUGUCACUGUGUCUGUGGGUUAUUGGUCAACAUAACUUUAAAAUGACUCAAGUAGAAUCCACCGGUUAUUUAGUAGUUUAUGCCUUUCAUCCUCUAAUUAUCUGUAGUCUAGACUGACCUUUAAGAAAACUAUGGAAGAGAAAUCAGCAGGAUGGUUUUCCGUAUGUAUCGUUGCAAUCAAAUUGUUAAAGAGAAAAGAGAUGAUGAGUCAUUAUCGACCUUUAUUGUAAAAGCUCCAGUCACUCUAGUCAACUCACUUAAGUUGAAUCUGUGGUUACAAACCGCUGAGUGGGCUUGAUUUGAUGUAAAUGCACACUAAAUGAAAGUCACGUGUAAGUUAAGAGGAACAUGAUAGCUGACACUGUUAUGUGGAAAUGCAAUAAUUUAUCCGCUGUAUGACAUAAUCCCCGCCCUAAAACAUUUUACAGUAAAACAGACAUGAAUAUCAUCGAGUGCAGGUCUAGUUUUUGUUUUGGUUGCAAUAUCACAUCAUUCCCAGAGGAAAUCCUGUAUCUACGCAGCAAUUCAGGAAAUAACUGUGUGCUUCAAACUGCAUAUUGUACUGUGUAAAAUCUAAAUUAGCUAGAUGUGAAGGUUUGUGGGAUAGCAUCUGAAUGCAAGUGUCAUUCUCAGUUGGUCUAAUUAUGUUCCACUUUUCUGACUGCAGAAACGGAAGCAAGAGUGAUUGAAUUUGAUAUUGUAGAAUAAUGUGACAUAUAAAGUCAAAUAAUCAUCUAAAAUAAGUAGAAAUUAAAUGAAUAUGACAUGACUUUUUUUUUUUACCUAGAAAUAGAAUUAUCUGCUAAUCAGUUAAUGUUAAUGGGCUGUUUGUCAGCCCUUGUUGCUUUCAGUUCAGUUGGCAGACAGGGUGUCCCCAGUGAAAGCAGCUGGUUUCAACUGCUAUAAAAGUCCUUCUACAGUAUUUCAGGGUAUCUCACUGCCCAUUUAUAAAAACCUAAACAUACUUUUCCCAAUUCAUAACUAGUGUGCCUGAUUUUAUUUGUGUACUGACUCCUCGUUUCUCAAGUCUGUCCAAGUGCGAACACAUACAAUCGCAGCUUUCCAGACUGCAAUGCCAGAAAAAACUGGAUGCUGGAAUCCGGUCAUCCAGUUCUGCUGAUAUUUAACGCACCUUUCUCCCUCAGUUUUCCCUGAAAAGAUAUUUCAACUCAGUACCUCAGAAAUUUUUUUUUUUUAAUCAAAUCAACGUGGGUAAGAUUUGUUCAGUAUACUGCUUGGCUUUCUAAAUAUUCAUAUAUACAAUAAUCCCACUCAUUCGUGCAUCAGAUAUCGUGUAGGAAAGGGUAGGUGAAAAAAAAAAAAUUCAUUAAAUUUGUGUGCUCGUGGUGAAUUCACAUCCAGUAAGAUCAACUCAGGAAGUGAAAUUUAAUCAAACUUCAAAGAUGUGAGGUUAUCAUAUUUAUACUUAAGAAAUGUACAUGAAUGACCACCAAAUUUACAAAACAUUCAGUUCACAUGUCAGGUGUUUUGCAGUUUCUGCUACACUUUUAGGAUGCGGGUGGGUGCAUGGGAAACAAUGUUGAUGAAGUAUUGCUUUGAAGGUUAUUUCUAUGGCUUUGUAAAUGAUAUCUGCUCACGUUUUGUGGAUACAUUUAACUGUGACGAAAGACUUGAGAUCUGAAAAUGUAUAGAAAUGUAUAGGAUUAAAGUCUAAUAGUUUAAAAUAUAAAUCUUGAGAGGUAUGUAUGAGACCAGGGAGACCAAGUUUGUCUUCAAUAAUGUAAAACAAUAAAAUGGUUUUUGAAAGAGUAAAUAUAGUGAAACAUAUUGAACCUGUAGAUGUCUUUCAUCUAAAUAAAUGGUCCAAGUUGGCCAAAUACUGGCCGCUCCCAUUCUCACCUCCAUCGCUGUACAAACUUCUGCUUCUAACAUUUUUUACUUGUUACUCUAUAUUUACCGUUGUUAUUACCUCUGCAAAUCUGCUCUUUAAUCACUUUUUGUUCAUGUUGUUUUUACUGACAAAUAUAAUGAUAGUUACAGGCUUAUUAGUGUAGGAUUUUUUAAUCAAUCAGGGAUGUUUCGCACCAUGCACUGUCGCUGGGUAGAUAUAAGAUUAUUAGAUUAUUAUUACAACUGCGAAAAAAUAAACAACUGAAAUUAACAGUAUUUCUGAUUUGUAUUCCUUUUGUUUUCAAAUCAAAUCACAAAUUGUCUCUGUUACAAGGUAGAAAUAAAAAAAAUAGAAUUUGUA